UAGAGUUUUGUGUACUCUUGUCAGGAUCAUUGAAAAAGAACAAAUCUAUUUAACGAUGUUGAACCAUGUGAAAUCGCCAAAUGCCGAUGUUAUGCUGUUUUUUACUUUUAAAAAAAGGCAAAACAGCAAUGUAUAGCCUCGACGUAAUAUAGACCUGACAUAUAUUGAAUGAACUUAUGCACUGGGAAACUGGUGAGAAGAUAAGUGCCAGAUUUUUUGAGUAAGGGGAGGAGGGCGUCGUGGCACCGGAUCCCCCGCUAACCACACAGAAGGAAGUUCUCGCGGUUGCUCGGGUCUCCGCUUAAGUUCUGGCCACGCCCUCGUUUUGCAGCCGCCGUAAAGUGCGACGUCAUGGCCACGCCUAUUCGGCGCUUCUUGUGACGCAGUCGCCCGGGGUAUUUUUGCGCGGGAAAAGGGGGCAGUCUGGAGCUCUAGCCGGUGUCGCUGGGACGGGCAGUUUCUGCGGGGGUUGCCUCUCGCUCCCUAUCCCUGCUGGCUAUGGGGUUGCUGGAGCUGUGCGAGGAAGUGUUCGGUACCGCCGACCUUUACCGAGUGUUGGGCGUGCGGCGCGAGGCCUCGGACGGCGAGGUCCGACGCGGCUACCACAAGGUGUCUCUGCGGGUGCACCCGGACCGGGUCGGCGACGACGACAAAGAGGACGCCACCCGCCGCUUCCAGAUCCUCGGGAAAGUCUAUUCUGUUUUGAGCGACAAAGAACAGAGAGCAUUGUACGAUGAGCAGGGAACAGUGGACGAAGAUUCUGAUGUGCUCAACCAAGAUCGGGACUGGGAGACGUAUUGGAGGUUACUUUUUAAAAAGAUAUCUCUAGAAGACAUUCAAGCUUUUGAAAAGACAUACAAAGGUUCUGAAGAAGAGCUGGCGGAUAUUAAACAGGCCUAUUUGGAUUUCAAGGGUGACAUAGAUCAGAUCAUGGAGUCUGUGCUGUGUGUGCAGUACACAGAAGAACCCAGGAUAAGGAAUAUUAUUCAGCAAGCCAUUGAUGCUGGCGAGAUCCCAUCCUAUAAUGCCUUUGUCAAAGAAUCGAAGCAAAAGAUGAAUGCAAGGAAAAGGAGGGCUCAGGAAGAGGCUAAAGAAGCAGAAAUAAGCAGGAAGGAGUUGGGCCUUGACGAAGGAGUAAACUUGAAAGCAGUCAUUCAGAGCAGACAAAAGGAUCGGCAAAAAGAAAUGGACAAUUUUCUGGCUCAAAUGGAAGCAAAGUACUGCAAACCUUCUAAACGAGGAGGGAAAAAAACGCCUCUCAAGAAAGAAAAGAAAUAAUGGAAUUUUCUCUUCAAAAGACUUCAGGUGUUAAUUGGUGCCAUCGUAGGCAAGAUACAGUCAAGAUUUGAAGACAAAAGUCAACCCUGCCCUUGAAAAAAGUUGUCUUUCCAGGCUAAAUUAUUCAGCUCAACUCUGUAAACCAAGCAGAAUCUCUCAACCUGAUUUUAGUAGUCUUAGAAAUCCCCUGACAUUCUUUGAGGUCCUGCAUGAAGGAAUUUGGUGAUUUUUGAGGGAAUGGAGGAGAGUGGUAUACUUCCUGGCAGUGCUUGCGUCUGUGGAUCUUCUGUACAAGGAACUCUUAUCUAGGAGGUGGGUCUGUCCCAUACUGCCUUCAGCAGUUGUUGUUUUGCCACGCAGGAGUGUGUGCACAGCUAUGGAGUAUUCAGUGUUGUGUUUAUUAGAACAGUAACUCUACCUAGCUAGAACGCUUUCAGAGCCCUUGCUGGACAUGUGUCUUUCAAAUAUUUGCCAGUUUGCUUUCAUUUUAAUCUUGAAUAGAUCCUCUUUCCUUUUUGUUUUAUUCAGCCAGGUUUUGUACUCUUUGCUUGAAAUAUAGGAGAAACAGAUGUUGAGAUUACUUCAGACAUCUUUGUAAGACUCUCACAUGAUGAAAUAAACAAGUUAAAAAUGACUGUUAAGUUCUGGGGCCUUUUAAAUGAUCUCAGUGAUCAUUUAACGAUGAUCUAGAAAAACUAUGAAUGGUGUUCAGAGAAGAGAGAAAAGUAAACCAAGUCAGCUUUAUAGUAGGUAGCCGGAUUUAAGUAGCAUAAAGAGAAGUUGUCCUACCUGUAACUGUUGAAAGUCUGUCCUUAAGCAGGUCGCAGACCUUGUUUGAACUUGUUGCCUCAUCUAUAAAAGGGUGAGGGAGUUGGGCUAAAUGACUGCUUAAGGGCUCCUUCUGAUUCUCUUAACUUUCGAAGGCAGGCCAUCUUGAUCCAAUGGUUUGUUAUCAUGCACUCAUGGUAUUGAUUUGUGAGAAUGGUAUAGAGAUGUUUACUUACAUUUAGUCAAAUUGGUAUGUACACAUUGGAAUAUAUGGACAUUUUUUGGCAACUGAUAAAAGUCUCUGAGUUAUAGACUUUUAUGCAUAUGGCAUUGAAUAUAUAACAACUUUCCUGUUA